CAGUUGUGCCUUUUGGAGUUUUAGCUAUUCUACGCUUUGAGAGUUCUAACCAAUUAAGGUGAAUCUAUCAAGACCAAACAAGAAAUAAAUGGAUCGUCCUAUUAAUAUCCGUACAUCACCAAGGACGCCCUUGUCGUUGUCCGAGCAACAAACGAUAAAAGAAUUUUGGAGGAAGAAACAAGAAGAAAUUGAGGCAAUUGAGGACUUUGGAGAGCACACAAUCCCCGUGACCUGUCUCAAAAAGGUUAUUUGUGCUAAGAAGGGUAAAAUGAUGAUGACGUCUGACACCCCAACAUUCAUGACAAAGGCAUGUAAGAUAUUUGUGCAGGAACUUUCACUCAGUGCUUGGAUGUGUGCCAAUUCACACAACCGUAGCAUCGUACUGGAUUCUGAUAUUGCUGAGUCAAUUGCCUCCAUUGAGUCAUAUGGUUUUCUAAAUGAUGUUCUAUGCGCACAUCUUGAAAAGUACAAGUCUGAUACACAUCUACAAUCUAUAAAAAAUCCUCAUCACAAUAGGGCUAUAAAUCAGUCACCAACAUAUCUCCAACCUCUUUCUCAUCAAUACCAAAUGACACAAUUUAUUCCUCAGUCUACUAGAUAUUGUCCCUUUAUUCACAUUCCUCCAACUUUACCACAAACUAAUGAUAUUCACAUGCAUCUACCCUUGCCACUCCCACCUAUCACAUACAUGACCAAGGAUCUUGUGUUCUUUGAAAAAGGCAUUAGCAACAAUGAUGAUGCUAUAGAUCUUGUGACUCCUCCACAAUUACUUCCAGAAGCACUGUCCAAUAUUCCAAAUAAGUGUUACAUGUGUAACAUUGCUUCUACUGAUACAUAUUGUGUUGGUAGUGCUAAGACUUGUAAUUUUAUUGCUGAAGAUGGAGACAUGGUGUUCCAUUUUCCAUAUGUUCCUUCAAAGCCUUUCCAAUUAUCAACCUCAUUACCAAUGACUAAUGGCGGUUGUUCUAUAUAUACUGAUAUCACCGAGCUGAAUCAUAUCAAAUUAAAGGUAACACAUAUUGAAAAAUCUACAUAUGGCAUUAAUCCUGAAGCUACUUUCAAUGUUAUUGAUGGUCAACAACAUGCGGGAGAUGAAACCACUGCUGCCAAUCAUAUGCAUACUGAACAUGGAGAGUUAGAUGCAGAAUUUGUUACUACUACUAAUGCUAAUGCAGAUGACAACAAUAUAAAUUGGGACGAAGUUGACAUGGCAAGUGAUUCCAUGUUGAUGGAGUUUUGGAGAGAUGUAAUGAUGAAAGAAGACCCAACAUCUUUACCUGACACUAUCUCUACCAAUGAUACUAUUUUAGAUCCUAGUGAUAUGUUAGAACUUGAGGGGUGCUGUGAUGAUUCUUAUCUUCUUGAUGAUGUCAUGUCUAACACAAGUAACGAUGUAAGGCAUGGCUAGAUGAAGGCAGGAGAAGCAAACAUGAACAUAUAUG